UUUUAAAGUGUUUAACUUCGACAAAAUAUGGUACACUGGAAUUUGCUUUGAAAAUCCCAUUUCCGUUGCACACGUCGUCCCAAACCGUCGCCAGAGACGAAUAAUUUUCCACAGCGGCGGCUCAGUGGUAAUCGCUUACGUGGGCGACUUCUUCCAUUUCGUCAUCAGAAAGACUAGAAAUUAAAUAAAUGAAUAAAAGAUGAAGAAGUAGAUUCUGCGAAGGCGGUAGGAUCGAUUCGUCAGGGGUAAACGCUCUACGCGGACCCAAAUAUAUAGGGGACGGAGACGAGAAAGGGGCGUGAGAGCUUUGAAGCGAAUUCGAUUAUUAUUUAAUUUUGCAAAAGCAGAAGAAGAAGAAGAAGAAAGUCAUUUACUUUGAUUCUGCAACUUGAAUUCAUCCACCGUCCUUUUUGUUUCUUAGAUUUGAGGGUAAUUGUAUGAGCAUAGGGCUGAGGAGGUGCUGGAAACCGGUGGUUAAGAUGGCGGAAGAGAUUAAUUCAUCGCCUGCAGCUGCCACAGUUGCCGGCUCCGGAACAAAUAAGAGAUCGCUAUGGCCGUCCCUUCUCCGGUGGAUCCCUACUUCCACGGACCAGAUCAUCGCCGCAGAAAAACGCCUACUUUCUCUUGUCAAGACUCCAUAUACUCAAGAGCAAGUUAAUAUAGGUUCUGGUCCGCCAGGGUCCAAAACUAGAUGGUUUAGAUCAACAAGCAGUGAACCUAGGUUCAUAAACUCGGUCACUUUUGACAGCAAAGAGGGAUCUCCAACUCUUGUUAUGGUUCAUGGAUAUGGUGCUUCUCAAGGUUUCUUCUUUCGCAAUUUUGAAUCUCUUGCCAAACACUUCCGAGUCAUAGCCAUUGAUCAGCUUGGGUGGGGUGGAUCUAGCAGGCCUGACUUCACAUGCAAAAGUACUGAAGAAACUGAGGCAUGGUUCAUUGAUUCUUUUGAGGAGUGGCGCAAAGCCAAAAAUCUGACCAAUUUUAUUUUACUUGGUCAUUCAUUUGGAGGCUAUGUUGCUGCAAAAUAUGCACUUCAGCAUCCGGAGCAUGUUCAGCACUUGAUACUGGUUGGUUCUGCUGGGUUUACAUCUGAAACAGACAUGCCUGAGCGGCUAACACAGUUCAGAGCAACAUGGAAAGGAGCUAUUUUGAAUCAUUUGUGGGAGUCCAAUUUUACCCCUCAGAAGCUUAUUAGGGGUUUAGGUCCAUGGGGACCGAAUCUAGUUCGCAGAUAUACUGGUGCUAGGUUUGCUGCGUAUUCAAGUGAAGAUGCUCUGACCAAUGAAGAGUCUAAGCUACUCACAGAUUAUGUAUACCAUACUCUGGCAGCCAAAGCAAGUGGGGAGUUAUGCUUGAAAUAUAUAUUCUCUUUUGGAGCAUUUGCUCGUAGUCCUCUUUUACACAGAGCACCUGAGUGGAAAGUGCCCACAACAUUCAUAUAUGGUUUUGAAGAUUGGAUGAAUUAUCAAGGAGCCGUAGAAGCACGCAAGAACAUGAACGUUCAAUGUGAAAUCAUAAGGGUACCUCAGAGUGGCCAUUUUGUCUUUAUAGAGAAUGCAGUUGGUUUCCAUUCAGCUGUAUAUUAUGCUUGUCGUAGAUUUCUUUCACAAGAGAAAGACAGUCGUUCGCUUCCAGAGGGUCUGACGUUGGUUUAAUUUAAAAGGGCAAGCAAACUUCGGUUGAUGUGGCAACCCUCUUUAAGUCUUGGAAUGGCUGAUGAUGUUUGAGAAGAACGUUCACUCCCUGCAAGAUCAACAAAAUCCUGCAUUGCAGCACAUUUGUAAACAAAUUUCACUUCUUUCCUGUUCCUUUUUAGGAAUAUAGGAAUUCACACUUCCACACUCAUUUUUAGAGACACUAUUUUACUCAUUACAUUGAAAAAAGGAAAUAUAUUUUAAAAUAAUGAAGCUCAUUUAGCCAUAUCAACCAUCCACAGUUUUAGCAAAUUCAGCUCAUUUGGACACUGGCCAUUUGAUGUAAGUCAGAUUUAUACGAAGGUAAGGAAUAAAGGAUUUCCUUUCAUACCGCUGAAGCUAAUAAAACGCUAUUGUUCCGAGCGAGAGAGAUUUGGGUAGCACAACUUUCAACUGUCUGAAAAAUCACUAAAAUUAAGAAAUUAAAUGCAAUAAAUGUUAACUAGUAUUACUUCCGCACCCCAAAAAAUGCUUGUGGUUUGUAAUUUUAAAAUGAGUUACAACAACAAAAAGGCAGCCUGGUGCACAUUGGCGUCCCUGCAAGGUGAGAGUCCAAAGAAGGGUCUCACCACAAGGUGUUUAACGAGCAAGCCGUCUCGUGUCAUUUUGGCAAGAGACCGCUUCCAAGAUGUGAGCCCGUGAGUCCGUGACCUCUCAGUCGCACCAGAACACCGUAACCAGUGCGCCAAGAUUCCCCUUCUAAAAUAACAGUUACAACAUGGAUAUUUUUUCUCCUUUUUUUAGAUUGAGGAAGUAUGUGUUUAUUACUCUACCACUAUAUCAAAGUGAAAUACUGCAUACCAGGCGCAUGAUCUGGUGUGACCUAGAGCUCAUUUCAUUCAUACAAGUUUCUCCUGUCCGUCUUUGUGCUGCAAAAAUGCAGAACUAGUAAAUGGUGUUUUAUUUUAAUUAGACAGGCUCAAGAGAAACCCCUUGACUGAAUAAGAAUAAGAAUUGCAAGCACAGUUAAGAGAAAGAAUUGAUAUCUUUUUUUCUAGCAUAAGUUUUUGGCAAAACACAUUGAUUGUCCCUAUUAAGUCUCUUGUUGUGGUCAAUAAGGAUUCAUUAGAAGUUUUGAAGCUCAAUAGGACCAACAAGAGCUUAAAUAGGAGACCCCUCAUCCUCAGUCUAGUGGACCUAAGCCUAACCCAGAAGCGUGAUGUUAAAAGGGAAGUUAAAAAUGGGGGUCUCUCUUACCUUCACAGAUGGACAAAAGUUCCUUCACAUGUCUCCAAUCUUUCACAGUCACCUCUGUAAGUCUCUCAACAACUGUUCCUUUCUGUGCAGGAUGGAAAAUGUCAUAGUGUUAUUGUUGAUGCAUUCCCAAUCUGAGAUGUCGUUUCUGGAAAUCUCUCUCUGGUUGAGAGGCCUCAACCUUACAGCAACAAAGAUCUUCUCCUCAUGUGUAUUUGAACCCAUUUCAUCAUUGGGU